GGUGGAACAAACGCCGCUUGUUUGCCCUAAAGUGGGCAAGUGUGUUAGUGAGAAGGUUAUCAUGUAGAAAAGCGAGAUCUCCUUGGCCAUAAAACUGUGCCUAGCAUAGUCACUUCACACCAACUUACAAACAAGAUGUCUGUGGCCGCCUUGCGCUUUAUCCCUUGCCGGAGGCUGUGCACUGCUGGUCCAGGCGUGAAGAAAAUAAUUCCAUGGAAGGAUUUUCGAAAAAUAGCCAAAGUAACUGGUGCUAUCAUAAUGGGCGGUUGUGUUUUCAUCACUUAUGAGGUCAUCACCCUUGACCAGGCGGUCACCAUCGACACUCAGGCUAUUCUUCAAGAGAAGCAGAAGUCCUAUAUCUACCUGACCCCAGUCACUAAGAAAGAACACGAGACACUUGGCACUGGUCUCACUUACAAAGCCAGGAAGGAGCUCCAUAAAGCAGCAAGAAAAUUUAUUGAAUUUUCAUCUCGGGUCCUUCAUCAUCCCCUGGAUGAGCGCCUAAGCCAUCUAGAUGCAGAUCCUCAUGAGUGUUCUCUGUGGUUGCUGCUGAAAAAGACCCAGUCUACCAUUUGGACGGAGAGACUGCAGGCAGUACAGGACCUGGCACAGAAUCAUUACUGGCAAGAUUACCAGUAUCGGACAGCUGCACAGGCUAUAGACCACCGCACAGCUAUAGGUCUGGCCCGUACGCCUCAGGUGGACCUUCGCUUCUUUCUUCCCCCACCUGCACUGCCUGAAGUGGAAGAUGAGUUUCUCAUAGAGGAUGGUCUGAGGCAGCUGCUUGCCUCUCUUCCCCAGUCUGAGGUGGAUCAGUGUGUGCAGUACUUCACUUCACUUGCACUAAGAGAGAGCAGUCAGUCACUAGCCUCUCAAAGGGGUGGGCUGUGGUGUUUUGGAGGGAAUGGGCUGCCCUAUGCUCAGAGUCUUACCACCAUCCCCUCUGAGAAGGUGGAGUCUUUCUGCCUGCAGGCCCUUGUGCAACACUCAAAGGUUCUGAGUCAUUGUGAUCACAUAGUGGCCAAUGGAGGGCUGCAUCUUUUGCAGAGAGUAUACCAGCUGCGACGGGAUUCUCAGAAGAUUCAGCGCAACAUUGUGCGCAUCAUCGGAAACCUCGCACUGAAUGAGAGCUUACACACAGCCAUAGUGCAGUCAGGUUGGGUGUCUGUCCUGGCUGAGAUGGUGCAGUCUCCUCACAUCAUGCAGGCGUCCCAUGCUGCCCGUGCUUUGGCCAAUCUGGACAGAGAUGCAGAAGUGCAGAAGUACCAGGAUGGGGUCUAUAUUUUAAAUCCACAUUGCCGCACCAAUCAGCCCAUCAAAGCAGAUGUUCUAUUUGUCCAUGGCCUUCUGGGAGCAGCUUUUAAGACGUGGCGACAGAAAGACUGUGAAUUAACAGAGGAUGAAGAAUCUGCAGGAGUACAAGAGGACUACACAGAGUGCUGGCCUAAGUCGUGGUUAGCCUCAGACUGUCCCAACCUCAGAAUCCUAUCUGUAGAGUAUGACACCCAUCUCAGCGACUGGAGGGCCAAGUGCCCUGCUGAAAACCAGAGGAAGUCCUUAGCGUAUCGGAGUGGAGAGCUGUUGAAAAAACUUAAGGCUGCAGGAGUAGGGGACAGGCCUGUGAUCUGGGUGGCACACAGUAUGGGAGGUCUGCUGGUGAAAAAGAUGCUCUUAGAUGCCACAAAGGAUCCUGAACUAAGUCCCUUGGUCAAGAACACAAAGGGUGUCUUAUUCUACAGUGUGCCACACUAUGGCACUUUCAUGGCAGAGUACUCAGUAAACGUGAGAUAUCUGCUGUUUCCCUCAAUCGAAGUGAAAGAGCUCUGCCGAGAUUCCCCAGCCUUGCGGGACUUGAAUGAGAAUUUUAUCAGCAUUGCCAAAGACCAGGAAUUCAAGGUCCUGAGCUUUGCAGAGACACAACCCACAUCUAUUGGCCCGAUGAUAAAAAUAUUAGUUGUUCCUGGUCAGUCAGCAGAUCUGGGUUUUGGAGACCUGAUUGAAGUCAAUGUCGACCAUCUUAACAUCUGUAAACCUGAGAAGAAGGACACUUUACUCUACAAGCGUAGCUUGCAGUUCAUUCGAGAUGCUCUUGGGGAGCAGACACUUUGCUGAAUUUUCUAUCCCUGUCCAGAGUUUCAACUAGGAUCUUUUUGUCAUUCAUCCACUUUCACAUUUGUAGAGAAAUGAUUCAAGAUUUAUGAAAGAAGACAAAUGAGAAACUAUACAUUUGGGAUACAAAAUUUCUCUAAAAUAAUCAUGGUGCUUAAUUUCUCAGUGAUUUCACCUUUAUCCCAAACCGUUUUAACAUUGUACUGGCAGUUUUAACCCCACCAUUCCAGUUAGAAUUUAUGUUUUUGUGAGCAGAUAACACAUUAUUAACAAAUUAACAGUUAACAUUUUUAUUUAUGUUUAUUUAUUAUUUUUUAAAAAGUCAUAGAAACAUUGAUUACUGUACUUAAUGCCUUGUUUUACAACUCACUAGCCUUUUUGGUAUCCCUACCUCAAAUGUACAGCCUAGAAAAGAUUGUGAUUAUAUAAACCCAGUGUUUUUGUGUACAUGAAUUUUAAUGGCAUAAUUAAGACUGUAAGUCCUUGACUUGGAUUUCACUUUUACAUAUUUGCCAAAAAGCAUUGUCAGCACAUCAGCACAACAAAUGAAGUCACUGUGUUUGUCAUUG